UGGGAAUCCCGAUGAUAAUCACCGAAACCGGCUCGGACCCCGACUUUCAAGUUCCAACCCCGCCGCCAAUUCCAGAUACAGUACUGCAGUACGAAUAUGUAUGUACCUAAUAAAUGUAGCCGAGAACUGCCCGUGCUUUGGUAUCCCUUAUUAUGGUAUCGAAACCUUUGUCCAGCAGGGGCACCUUCCUCCUAAUUUUCAAUAAAUUUGCGCUCAGCCGCCUUGUCAGCACAUUGGUCAAGCUCACUACUUUCCACUUCAAUUCAUUCAAGGGCCUUGGACAUUCUGCAACGCUUUACACCUGUCCGAUCUUCCCUUCAAACCUGCUUCGUCAAGCGACCCCGAAGCCCGUCGAGGCAGGUCCAGCUCCAUAUUAGGAACCUCUUAACCUUGCUUCCUGCUACAGGUUCGGCCUCACUGCAAUAUGUCCUCCUCACCAGAAUACCGAGCUGGCAAACGGCCAAGAACCCAAUCGCUACCUCCUCCGGCAUUGCCCCAGCUGGUAGCCGAGCAGCACACCCCCAUUCCCCCAACCGACAAGGACACCAAGCGACUCAUUGUUGUCUUGUCAAAUGCCAGCCUCGAGACCUACAAGGCGUCGCAUGGCGGAGGAAGCCGCAUGGGUGUGCAAAGAGAGGAGAAGUAUUCUCUGCUCAACAGCGACGAGCACAUCGGCGUCAUGCGGAAGAUGAACAGGGACAUUAGCGAUGCGCGCCCGGACAUCACACAUCAGUGUCUACUGACCCUCCUCGACUCGCCAAUCAACAAGGCGGGAAGACUCCAGAUAUACAUUCAGACGGCCAAAGGCGUGUUGAUUGAGGUUUCGCCUUCGGUCCGCAUCCCGCGCACCUUCAAGCGUUUCGCUGGUCUGAUGGUUCAACUCCUCCACCGUCUUUCCAUCAAGGGCACCAACUCGCAGGAGAAGCUCCUGAAAGUGAUCCAAAACCCAAUCACCGACCAUUUGCCGCCCAACUGUCGAAAGAUAACACUCAGUUUUGACGCACCGCUGGUGCGGGUGCGGGAUUACGUCGACACGCUCGGGCCGAAUGAGAGCAUCUGCGUCUUCGUUGGCGCCAUGGCCAAGGGCCCGGACAACUUUGCCGACGCCUACGUGGACGAGAAAAUAUCCAUCAGCAACUACAGCCUCUCGGCAAGCGUUGCCUGCAGCAAGUUCUGCCAUGCCGCCGAGGAUGCUUGGGACAUUCUCUAAGGCAUACACAGAGCGGCACAUCGUGAUGACGAUGUCUUUGCUCCUAGUGGCCUACCGGCCCUACAAUAUCGGCAGGACAGGGGAUUGGACGGAAAGAUCUGUCAGCCCUCUAUCUUCCAUCCAGGGGGACUGCGGUUGCAUUGAGCCCGUUCCGUGAUACAACAUCGCGGUUAACGG